AUGCUUUCUGAAUCCGUAGCGGUAUGGCUUCUGGCCUUAUCGUGCACCGAGAUUCCAAGAGUACUGGCCCAAGAUCCAGAGGGCUGGUACGAGACUCAUCCAAAUAUGGCUCGGAUCAAGCAUGUGAACCAGGAUACUCAUCAGAUCGUUGACGAGUAUGGACGAACUAGGUUCUUUCACGGGACAAACGUCGUCAUGAAGGAGGCGCCAUGGUACAGGCCCUUUGAGUGGACUCCAGGUGUCUCGUCAUUUGGCGAACGAGAUGUUCAGAAUAUGCACGACUUGGGGCUGAAUAUUGUCCGGCUUGGUCACAGUUGGGCUGGUGCUGAACCAGUUCGCGGCGAGUACAAUCAAACGUUCCUGGAUAUCAUGAAGAAGCAGACAAAGCUGGCAGAAGAACACGGUAUCUAUGUGCUGGUGGACGUGCACCAAGAUGUAUUGGCUAAACAGCUUUGCGGACAUGGUGUACCUGAUUGGUUUGUCAAGAAGAACUGGGUUACAGGAUUCAGAAGAUUCCCGUUUCCUCAGAAGCUGAAGCCAUUCACCACUGACACAAACGGCUUUCCUUCGCCCCAAUCCCAAUGCAAUACUAUAGACUGGUCACUGAGCUACUUAUCUGUAGCUGUUGGAAAUGCGUUUGGAAGACUUUACAAUAACUUCGACGGUCUGGGAGACGCAUUCGCUGCGUACUGGAAGAAACUAGCCUCGGAGUAUGUUGACACUACUAAUAUCGUGGGGUACAAUCUACUCAACGAGCCCUGGGCUGGCGACACAUACGCCGACCCGACACUGCUUGUGCCAGGAGUUGCCGACCGUAAAGCCUUGGAGGGUCUUUGGAACCGAGCAUCUAAACAGAUACGCACGGUUGACAAUGAUACGCUUAUCUGGUUCGAGGGCACUACCUUCGAUAUUCUCUCAGGCUUCAACAACGUACCUCUCGGCGACGGAUCCAAGACGGUACACUCAUUUCACUACUAUAAUCCCCCGCAACUGGGCCCAUUAAAAGAUACACUUUACAACCGACACAAAGACAAUGUUCGACUCAAGACCGCCGGUGUUCUUACGGAGUUGACGUUCUGGAUGGGUGAUGAUAAGCAGAUGGCUGGGGUAGCGGAAGCGGUGGCAGCGACUGAUGCAAGCAUGGUAUCCUGGAUCGGAUGGGCAUAUGAGAAUCUGUAUAAUGGAACAUCGGGCAAGCCAUACUCAGAGCUAGAGAAGCACUACAGCCGUGCGUACCCGGCGGCAAUCGCAGGGACGCCUACUUCAUUUGGCUUUGAUGCAACUUCGGGUAUCUUCAAGCUGAACUUCACAAGCGAUCCUAACAUCGAUGCACCGACUGAGAUCAUUCUACCUAUUUCUACGUUUCCGAACGGGUAUGAGGCUCGAGUUCUACCGAAUGGCAGCCUGUUGCAGUACAAGCCUAACGAUCGCACCCUGGCCUUGUUUACGUCCAGGGCUCUCAAGCAGGAAACGGAGAUAUCUGUUGAAAUUUCCACCAAAUGA